AUGUUAGUAAGGAGCUCGGGCCCUACGCUUCAAAACAAACAAACCGCAUAUUCACUCUCGUCAACCUGCAUGUUUUCUGGAUGGAACCCAUCUCCCAUGAAUACCAAAAGCACUUCCGACAUUGCGAUCUGGAUUGAUGGUAUCCAAUCUCCGCAGCUUUCCUCAUCUAGCCGCCUACCCAUCGAUCCUCACGCGGCGGACGAUAAAGAGAACGUUCGGUUAGGGAGCAAGCGUCGUAUCAUGCAAGAGGACGUGGACCAAACACCUCGUCCUUCAAAACGACUUCGUGACCUCGAUGGCGUGCCCCAGUUUCCUCCCUCACCAACCAAGAGCGGCUCGAGCGUAGCGGUAUCCGAAGCAUCCGAAGCCGAAUCACAUCAAAGUGGGCGGUCAAGUCCUGUAAAACAACUCCAGCUACUCAAAGAUCUUGACGAAUAUCCUGUCGUGUUUUGCAACUUUGAUGACAACAAGGAAGGAGAAGAACCAGAAGAUGUUACAACAAUGCGUACAGCUAUCCAGCAGUUUGCAGACGGUGUUGGGAUUUUAAGGUAUAAUAACGUUGAUAUAAUGUUGCCUAUCUUGCCUCCUAUAGAUAAGAUGCGGUUUCAGUAUCCGUAG